GACGCAGCAAUGGUAUCAGAAGAAGUACAAUCGUUGAAGAAUUGACUUCUCAAGUAUUAAAUAUUUCGUGCAAGAACAAUGACAUUGUGCGAACCAGAAGAUCCGGCGCAUUGCAACUUACAGACGUGGAUUCAAAUCAUUCAGAUUUUGUGUAAUUUCAUAUUAGGCUUGGCAGGGAAAGGUGGAAUAAGCUUGUACAUUCUGACAAAAUUCGAUUAUUUUAACGACUUAAAGUUGUUUGAUCAUUAUGAGAUCUUAAACGUGAAUGUUUUUUUGGCCUCCUCGGUUGCACUGACUCUAAUUAGUUGGGUUGGUGUUUUUGCUGGUACGAAAAAAUGCGCUACAUCGUCGCUUACAAAUGGAUUGUUAUUAGGCGGAUUUGUAAUAGGCACUACAACUUAUGUUGCUACAAUGGGUAUAAUUACCGAUUAUACGAAAACCGGCGAUUUAUAUAAUCAAAUGAAAACAGAGAUGGAAGAGUAUGCCAUUCAUUCAAAUUUCAUUGAUACUCUACAAACCACUCUUUUGUGUUGUGGACUCGAUGGCGUCAACACGUGGGAUGGAAGUUAUAUUCCCGAAUCUUGUUGCCGACACCCUUCAAAUUUAGCAUGCACCAUAGAUUCUCCUAAUUUGCAAACAAAUGGAUGCUUCGAGGAGUUUGUUCGUACGGGGCGUUAUUACGCUUGGCUUCUUUAUUCUAUUCUUGCGUCUUCCGGGCUUCUCGAGAUUCUUGGCAUUAUCUUGUCGUGUCUGCAAUGCCGUAUCAUUAACGAUAGAAAUAAAAAGAAGUUUGCGAAAGAAAAUCCGCCAAUAAUUCCGAGACCUUUUGCGAUACUCGAGACAGAACAUGAGGAGAUAGAGAAAAUUGAGGAAGAGAAAAAGAAAGAGGAAGUUCAGGAAGAGGACAAAAAAGAAGCUGUCCAAGAAGAAGAAGCAGCUGAGUUAAAUACAUAAUAUUCUGACGCUACAUUUUUAUUGAAAAUUUUGCAAGA